GGCGGGCGCCGGACCCCCAGGUGGAGCGACAGGUCUCGGGCCCUCAGGCGGAGCGGCAGGCGCCGGACCCCCCAGCGCGGAGCGACAGGUCUCGGGCCCUCAGGCGGAGCGGCGGGCGCCGGACCCCCAGGAGGAGCGACAGGUCUCGGGCCCUCAGGCGGAGCGGCAGGCGCCGGACCCUCAGGCGGAGCGGCGGGCACCGAGUCACCAGGCACGACAGUGGGCUCCGAGUCAACUGGUAUGACCGCAGGCACUGGGUCAGACAUUGUAUGGUCUGGCUGGACAGCGGGCAUCGGGUCACCAGGCAUCAGGUCAUUUGGCUCGACAGCGGGCACCGCGUCAUCUGGCAAGGCAGUGGGCUCCGAGUCCACUGGUAUGACCGCGGGCACUGGGUCAGACAUUGGAUCGUCUGACCGGACAGCGGGCAUCGGGUCACCAGGCAUCAGGUCAUUUGGCUCGACCGCGGGCACCGCGUCAUCUGGCAAGGCAGUGGGCUCCGAGUCA